UUGAAAGGUCAACACAUCGGCUGAAAGUCGAUAGACACGGUGUGCGGUUAUGUUGUAGUCCUAUUGAGACAGGCUGUGUUCAUCUGUUGAAACAUCGACACCCGAAGAUAUUUUUUUAAAGAAUCAAUAUGACUGAAUGAUUGGAAGCCAGAGAAAUCUAGGCCUGUGGAUUCCACUUAGUUGUGCGCAACAGACAUUUACUUUGAGAUCUUGGAGUUUACAAAAUAAAUAAAUAGUGUAUUAAGUGUUAAAGGCCAAUUCAUAAACAAAGUGCAUAUCAUAUCACAUUAUGUUGACUUGACAAACAUUUCUGAUGGCUGAAAGUAAAAACAAAAUACACGGAUGUACUUUGACAAAUAGGAUUGCACUGAUUUGUUUCUAGAAGAUAUUUCAGACCAAAAAAUAACUUCUUUUUUUUUGAAAGAGGCUGAUUAUGAGAAAACUAUUGGCUAAGAAAAAGGCAAUGUAACUUUUGUGUAAAUACAGUCCGAGUCACUUGAACGAGGUGUUUCCACUUUAGAGGCUAGAGCUAGUGGCAGCCUUGACCAUGUCUGAGGAGGAGGUGGUAGAACGGAAGUUGCGGAUUGUCCAGCUGGACAUGAUGGACAAAAGGAAGUAUUACCCAAUGUCUCUGGGAAGUAGUCUCCUUGUCCGCUUCAUCCAGUACCCCCUGACCUUAGUCAGAACGAGGCUACAGGUGCAACAUGGGAAGGAUGUGUACAAAGGAACAUUUGAUGCAUUGGUCAAAAUCCGCGCCACAGAAGGACUCAACGGACUUUAUCGUGGGUUUGGCGUUCAUAGUAUACAGGCUGUUAACUCUCUAGUCUAUAUUAGUAUCUAUGAAAACAUUAGACAAAUAAUGAUGAACCAGGCCAACCUACAAACAUUUGAAUACAAAAGUUACCUGAGUAGUUUUGUGGGAGGUUUUUCCGCCAGUUUUGUUUCCCAGACCAUCGCUGUGCCGACUGAUAUUGUAUCACAGCAUAUGAUGUUACUGGGGCAGAACAAACAACGAGCUGAACCAGUGCCUAACAAAGUUAAAGUAAAACUGGAGCGUUUACAAGGAAUUCAUAUACAGGAGAAGGGGAAGAAGGUGGAUGUGGUGAAAGCCAUCGUGUCCGAGGUGUACCGAAAAGAGGGCGUCGGUGGUUUCUACCGCGGAUACUUCAUAUCUCUAUCCGUGUACGGUCUGGGCAGCUCCCUCUGGUGGCCUUUUUAUGAAUUUUAUGCUAAUAACCUGGUGCCCACCAGUCCACAUUGGGUGCCACAGACGUUGGUCCAUGGGAUCUCGGCGUCGAUGGCCGGGAUUACCUCUGUCACAAUAACCAACUCCAUGGAAUUGGUGCGCGUCCGAAUGCAGGUAGGCCGUUCUGAUUUCAAGGACACUGUUAAAAAAACGUGGAGAGAGGAAGGACUAGGAAUCUUCACCAAGGGACUCACAGCGCGCAUUAUCAAUGUUGUACCUUUUAGCUUCCUCAUCAUGACCUCCUAUUCAACAAUUAAACACCUCAGCCUCAAGGACGAGUACAAGGAGCAGGUGCACUGGUGACAUCACUGGUUACCUCCCCUGAAACAGCAGUACCCUCCCCUGACUGUGUAGAUGACACUAGUGACAUCACUGGUUACCUCCCCUGUCCGUAGAUGACACAGC